CAACUACUCCGCACACAGAAAAUAACAGCAGCUGAAACGCCUUCCCCACAAAACAUCGUAGCGUUAACAGGAACCAAGAGAAAACAGAAAAAAGGAGCUAAGAAAUUUCCACCAGCAGUUGAGCUCAGCAAGUUUCAGUUUCAGAGGUACUAGAUGAAGAUUCAGAUGGAGAGACUACUUAUAACAUCAUGCAGCUAUAAAGGGAUAAAGAAAUAAUCCAGAAAAGCCAGCAGAAUGUGAAAUUAAAAAAUGGUGGUUGAGACAGCUGUGAACACAUUUUACUGGGUAUGGAACUAUCUGGAGUCACUGGACAUCAAUUACCUCUCCUGGGUACUUUGGGUCAUCUAUCCAAUAAUCAUCUCCUUUCUGCUUCCUCUGGUUAUCCUCAUACUUUUGUAUGGGUCUGCUCUCUUUUUACACAUCUACCGCCAUAGGCAUAAGCUUCGUGAAGCUUACCAAAAUGACUUCUGGGAUGGAGCUCGCAGUACACUGGCAGUGCUCUGGGAUGGUCAAGGCUAUAUCUGGCAUGGCUUUGAAGUACAAGGAUUGGAUCACAUUCCCAACAUUGGGCCAGCUAUGAUUAUUUAUUAUCAUGGUGUAUUGCCAGUGGACAUGUACUAUGUCAUCGCCAAGUGCAUCUUGGUCAAAGGACGUAUGAUUCAUGCUGUGGGUGACAGGUUUCUUUUCAAAAUUCCAGGCUGGCGACUGCUGUUCGAGGUACUGAACAUCACACCUGGCACAGUUCAGAGCUGUAUAGAGGUGCUGAAUCAGGGCAAUAUUUUGGCCAUAUCUCCAGGUGGUGUACGUGAGGCACUUUUUGGUGAUGAAAGUUACCCUGUAAUGUGGGGAAGGCGAUGUGGUUUUGCAAAGGUGGCAUUGCAGGCCAAUGUUCCAGUCAUUCCAAUGUUUACUGAAAACUGUAGGGAAGCUUUUCGAACACCACGCUGGGGAAGAGUGUGGCUUCGCAAGAUCUAUGAAAAGACAAGACUGCCACUAGUACCCAUCUAUGGACUCUUUCCAGUGAAACUAAUAACUCAUUUUGGGGAGCCAAUCUAUCCACCUGAGGGAGCUACCCCAGAAGAAUUCUCGGAAUUGGUUAAAAGUCGCAUAGAGGACAUGAUACAGCGCCAUCAGCGCUUACCAGGCAACAUUCCACGAGCUAUUUUGCAAAGGAUACCCUGGAAAUUAAAGACUAGAUAAGCACAUAGGUCAUCUGAGAGCUGAAAGUAGUAUCUGAUAUUUAUGUCCCCACUGAGAACAUUUUGUCUGUGUGUGUGUGAGCACGUGUGCAUAUGUCUGCAUGCAUUUAUACUCUUGCAGUCACGACAAUGUGGCUGUUCAAAGAGGAGCAAAGUCAUUAAACUAUGCUUCAUUUGAUUCCGGUCAAAGAGUUUAUUUACUCCUGUUAAUCUCUCAGAGAAGUUUGUGGAUAUCAGUUUGGUGGAAAGCAUUGCACUAUUAGAUUGAGAAUCCUGCCUUUCUAUGCAGCAGUCAUCUUUUGAUGUUGUUCUGCUUUACAGUGAUAUAAAAUCUGUUAUCUCUAGAUUAUAACAGGCAUUAUUUGACAAAGAUAGGAAAAGUGUUUUAUUAUUAUUCUGUCCUAACAGAGAUGUAGUCUGCUUUAUUAGCAAAAAUUGUUUUUUAUGCAUGUUGAUGGACAUCAACCAUUUUAGAUUUGACUGCUGCUUUUCUCUUUCCUUUUUUUUCUGUCCCAUUCUUUGUCUCCCUUUUCUGUACAAGCACUGUUAUAAAAAUAUUAAGACAUCUGGAUUUUAUGUCUGAAUAAAAAUAUGAACAAAGUUUUUUCAAAGUGCCAUUGUAUACAUUGAUCAGUAGUCGAGCUCUUCCCACUGCUCAGUUCUCCAAUCUUGGUGUUAUAUAUUUACUGAUGCUUAUGUUUCAGCAUGGUUGACUUGUUGCUUUGGUUUCUUUUCUGUGCAAUGCAUUUAGCUCAUGUCCUCAUGGAGAAAUUGCACUUUAAAAAUCUGACUAUUCUUAUUGGUCUCUUUCUCCCAACAUAGAGCAACACAUUAUUCACACUUACUUAUUAUCUGUUAGACUAUUCGACAGCUUACCCCAUUUUUUUCUGUGGAAAUUCCUGUUACAGCUGUGUUAGAUGGUUUAUGCUUUUUUCAUGUUUUUGGUCUUGUUCUGAUGAUUGAAAUCUGUUGAGGAAACAUGCGUACAGCUAAUAACUACCAAGAAUAUUUCCAAAAUUUAAUGAAAAAAUUUUUAUCAGUGAGAAUACAGUUUUACUUGGAAUUUAUUAUAUUAAAAAUACAAACCAUUAUAACCGUUAUAUCUGAAGUCAGUGAUGUUGAUUUUUAAAAUGCUGAGUAAUAAGUCAAUCCUUGCUGAAGACUUUAGAAUAUUUUCUUCUUUUAUAAAAAUUUUUUUUGCAAAAUAAGAUUAUUUCAUUUCAUAUCGGCCAUUUCAACACCUUUACAUUAGUACUUGAAGAAAUUCUUUUGAGGUUCAUAAUAUUGGAAAUGCUUGCUACAUAGUUGUUGCUAUUGUUCAUUUUUUUUAUUGUCACCAACUGGAGUCACAGCUUUAAAAGCUAGUCUACAACAAUUGAACUUAGCACUAUAAAUGGUUAUUUAUUAUGCUGUGAUGUUGAAAUUUUAUUUGCAGUUUGGUUGCUGUGUUUUUGGCUUUUACAUUAAUUUAUUCAGUUCUGAUAAAAAAUGACAAAAGACAAACCAAAGCUAGAUUGGCUCUUGAGGCAAAAGGCAGUCUCAUGAAUGAGAUAAUAUACAAUUAUAUAUAUAAAAAUAAAUGUGAAUUAGUUGUAAAUAAGUUUUUUUGCCUGAGAGUAGAAGAAUUGAGUCUUUUUGUGUGAUCUUUGUGAAUAUGAUGUACAUUGUGUCAUGUAUGAGAAGAACGUCCUCCUCCCAAAGAAAUAAAAAUAAAAUUCAAA